AUGCCUAUUUCCGUGGAUGUAUACCUGAUGAGUGGGAAGAUGGUCUCUCUGGAAGUGGAGGGAGAAGCUUCUGUGAACACCUUGAGGCUGCGCGCCCAGAGUGCUCUGGGAGUUGGCAAUGGAAGACUCCUGAACUCCUUUGGUCGGCUCCUGCCCGAAAGAGCAACCAUCGCGGAAGCAAAGCUGCAGAGCGGUGAUGUGCUGACCCUACGCAUCACGCAGGUUCUACUCGCGGCAUCCAAGAGGUUGGUGUUCGUACAUGAAGCUGCCUUUGCGAAAAUCUUGGGCGAUGGAUCCGUGGUGACGUGGGGCGAUUCCGAGUGUGGUGGCGACAGCAGUGCUGUGCAGGAUCGGCUGAAGGAUGUGCAGCAGAUCCAAGCUUCUGGGCACGCCUUCGCUGCGAUCCUGGAAAAUGGGUCGGUCGUGACCUGGGGCGAUGCUUCCUGCGGUGGUCACUUCAGCUCUUCUCGGGAUCCCCUAAAGGAUGUGCGGGAAAUCAAAGCUUCGCAGAAGGCCUUUGCGGCGAUCCUGUGGAAUGGGUCCGUGGUGACUUGGGGUGAUUCCAAGCGUGGUGGCGACAGCCGUGCCGUUCAGGAUCAGUUGAAAGAUGUCCGGGCGAUCCAAUGCUCUUGCGCCGCCUUUGCUGCCAUCCUCGAAACUGGAUCGGCUUUACAGUGCCAAGCUAGGUGGUGA